CACGUCCCCUGAGCCUCUCCCCGGGGCCACUGCUGGCUGGCUGCAGGAAACCACCUGGCGCCCCAGGCUGGGUGCACUGACAGGAUGGCCCUCUGUCCUUUGUCCCCAGCACCUUGUGUCUUGGAAGGCUAGUGGCACUUUGGCAUGCAAAUGGCUAUUUUGUUCGGUAGUGGAAACUUUACAAAUACAAAGGUAUCGCAGGCAGACUACUGUGGUAGAAGAGCAAUUUGGAGAAGUCCUUCUGAAUAAAAUCAUAGUGAAAAGACUGUUCAAAUACGAUGAGGAUGGUGUACGCUAUUUUACGGGGACUACAAUUAAGUUUUCUGCGGAUCAAUUUGGCAAUAUGCAGUAAGAUCACUCAAAAGUAUUUCUACCUCUGGCUCCACUUUAGAUAUCUAGCUGAAGGAAAAAUCAGAUUCCAACCAAGAAUCAUACAAGCAUCUUCCUUAACUGUCACUUAUAAUAGUAAAAAAUGGAAACAGUCUGUCUAAUGGCGGGACGGAUAAAUCUACGACACGAACUAUCACACAGCCAUUAAACAUGUUUUUGCAGACUAUGUAACAGCUUUGAAAAAUGUGCAUAAUAUUCAGCGAGAAAAUCAUUGUGGUCGACAGUGUGACUAUUUAAAAACACAUCAGCGCAUAGGAAAAAAAUAUUGGUAAGAAAUUAACAGUGGUUCUACGUACGUGGUGGGAUAAGAGGUUAUUUUUUAUGUAUUUUUUUCUUUUACGUAUUAUUUUCCAAGAUUUCUAUGAUUCCUGUUCUCAGGAAAAAAAAAUCGGAGACACUAAAAAGGUAGCGAGUGCUACUGUGUGAUUUCAUGAGCAGGUGGCCUCUUGCCUUCACCAAGUAAUGACUCCCAGAGCAGGGCAGGUGCCCCGGAAGGCGGCCUGCAAAAGGGCAGGAGACGAUGACCCUCCCAAGGCCAAGGCGGGGCAAGCAGCUGCUGUUCCUGGGCAUCAUGACAGUCACGGUGGCGGUCAUCUUCCUGCUGUUCUACGCUCUCCUCUGGAAGGCCGGCAACCUCGUGGACUCACCCAACCUCAGAAUCGGCUUCUACAACUUCUGCCUGUGGAACGAGGGCACCGGCUCCCUCCAGUGCCGCCAGUUCCCUGAGCUGGAGGCCCUGGGGGUGCCGCGGGUCGGCCUGGCCCUGGCCAGGCUCGGUGUGUACGGGGCCCUGGUCUUCACUCUCUUUGUCCCCCUGCCCCUCUUCCUGGCCUGGUGCAACAGUAACGAGGCAGAGUGGCGGCUGGCGGGGGGCUUCCUGGCGACGUCCUCCAUGCUGCUGGCCAGCGGCCUGGGCCUCUUCCUCACCUACACGUGGAAGUGGAUCCGGCUCUCCCUCCUGGAGCCUGGGUUUCUGGCUCUGGGCACUGCCCAGGCCUUACUCCUCCUCUUGCUUAUGGCCAUGUGUCUGUUCCCUCAGAGAGCAGAGGACAAGGUCAAGCUUGACAGCUGCUAGUUCUGUCGAGAAGCUCACGAUGGCAAGAGUUCAGUUUGAACUAUGCUCAGAGAAGGUGCCGGAAAACUCAUGGGCUGGCAUGUCUUCUCAGCCUGUUUCAUAGCAAAGGCCGGCCUCAAGCUCUGGCAGACGGGACCCACCGCGGAGGAGGUGGGGGUACCCAGUGCCGAGAAGGCCAAGGGCGCAGCAGUGGCAGCCGCGGUACCUGCGGCUUGUUAGCGUGGGGCUGUCCAUCCUUUGGGACUUCCGAGGUUCCCAAGGACACACCACAGAAAGCUCAUUGUCACGAGAACUCCUUUGACCUAAGGAUUCCCAUCACGAGGCCUGAUUUCUAGGAUAAUUAGCCACAUGUCACACUGGAACCGAGUGAAGGUUCAUGGCAACAAAGGGGGGACGUUAUGAGAGAGUGCACCUCAGCGUCCCUGGGGCCCUGGUUAGCAGGCUCCCCCUCCCCACGGUGGGUGUGAAGUGAUGAGCCCGUCUCCCAAAGGCCCACGAGUGAUCCCUGAGGGAGUCACUAAAGACAGAACACGUGGGCACAAAGACAAGCCUUGGUGGCUUUGAAGGUUCUCCCGAAAAGUCUCCCAGACCUGAAGCCAGACAGAGCAGGGGCGUCAGCUGGCAAAUUGUUCCCAGCAUGUGACCUGGGAGUUGGGAACACAAAACGCCGAAUCCCUGGGCAGGAGGAAGGUGAAAAGAACUGAGGGGUUCCAUACAGAUGUCGAGGCCUUCACUUCUCCACCCAGAAUUGGAAAGGACAUAAACACAGCUCACACACUGGGGAACUGUUUGUAUUUUUCAGCACCUAUAUAUUGGAAAAUCUAUACAGCAAAUGACUGCCUCAUUCUGUGCCUGUCAAAAACCACACUGAAUAGAGUCAGAAACACGGA